AUGUAUUACAAUAACCCACGCCCGAACUUUAAUGGGGGAGGAUACAACCAAUAUGGGAACAAGGGGCAUCCCAAUCUCUCUUAUGGGAACCACAAUAAUGCUCUGCAGCCUCCUCCGGGACUCACAGUUUCUGAUGGGAUGAUGAACGACCCCAAGAAGAUGACCACGGAGGACAUACUCAAGUCCUUCAUGCUACAAUCUAAUAAGGUCAUGGAGCAGAACAAUCAAAGGAUGGAGAAGGUCGAGGCGGAUGUACAGGGAAUGACCACUCAUUUGAAGAACAUUGAUAUUCAGAUCAGCCAGAUUUCCCAGACUGUGAGCACUCUUACGCAACCGGGAAAAUUCCCUUCUACCACUAUCAUCAAUCCCAAGGACUGCAAAGCUAUACAUCUGAGGAGUGGAACAAACUACGAGGGACCUUCAAUGCCAUCCGAGAAUGAGGGUAGAGUAGCAGAAAAGAGAGCUGAAGAGGAGGAAUUGGUCAAAGAAGAUGAGACAGUGCAAAUUUCUACUCCACCUAAGGAGAACACGACUAUACCUUCACCCACACCACCUACAGCUCAUACUCCAGCUGAAGUGAGGAUCCCUUAUCCUCAACGUGUUCAGAAGAAGAAGACAGAUGCUCAGUUCUCGAGGUUCUUAGACAUCUUCAGGAAGGUGAACUUGAAUAUCCCAUUGGUGGAGGCACUUCAAGAAAUGCCUACAUAUGCAAAGUUCCUAAAAGAUGUGCUCUCCAAGAAGAAGAAGUGGACUGACUAUGAGACGGUGAACAUAUCUGAAAACUGUAGUGCCAUAAUUCAGAAAAAGCUACCGGCCAAGCUUAAAGAUCCUGGGAGUUUCAACAUCUCAUGCGUCAUUGGAAAUGACAGACAGACAAAGGCACUUUGUGAUCUGGGGGCGAGCAUAAAUUUGAUGCCAUUAUCAUUUUUCAGAAAGAUGAAGAUCGACACUCUCAAGCCGACUACAAUCACACUGCAGAUGGCAGAUAGAACCAUCACCUAUCCUAAAGGAAUUGUUGAGGACGUUCUUGUGAAGGUACACGACUUCAUAUUUCCCGUCGAUUUUGUAGUGUUGGAUAUGGAAGAAGACGUGAAUGUACCGCUUAUCCUGGGGCGUCCAUUCCUUGCAACGGGAAAAGCAUUGAUAGAUAUAGCGAGGGGAGAGCUCACUCUUCAUAUGGGCAACAAACGCCACAUCUUAUCUAUCUACAAUGCUAUGAAGAGUCGUGAGGAAGAGGAACUGGUUACGAAGAAGGAGUGCAAAGCUGUGCAUGUUGUAGAAGUCCAAAAGGCACAAGAAAUUGAGUCCACAUUUGGGGAUUUUUCUUUGCCGCAGUGGAUGUUUGGUUCAUGUGGUGGAUCAAUUUCUAAAGAAAAGGCUGCAUCGAAUUCUAAAGUGAAAGAGAAGAAAACAAAAGCUGAAAAUUCACCCGAAGUGGAAACCAAAAUUUCUGAUGGAGCUCUGAAGAAUACUUGGUGGAAGAAGAGAUUGGCGAGAUCCUAUGCUUCCAAGAUUGACAGAAAAGCCAACACCACCAUUUAUGGCGUGACAUGA